GAAGGAGGCGAUCCCUGAAAUCUGAUAAUCAGCAGUCUGAUAAAGUCCCUAACAGUGCUGUUUCUAACUCAGCUAAGGGAUCUCUGAAAGAAACUGCUUCCAAUAACAAUGAAGAAAACUCUACUAAUCAGUCCUCAAAAAUCAUAGUUAAAGGUCCUUUGUCGCCAAAGCAGGAUUCUUCCACGACAAUCCAUCACAAAACGUCGCCAAAGGUGCCCGUUUCAAAUGAAAAAUCUGUGCCAGAAAGUCCGAGGCCAACCUUGCCACAGAAGAAGAUACUACAACGGGCACCUUCCAAUCCAACCACAGAGAAUGAAGCAGAGUCUCCAGGAAAAAGUUCCGUAAAAAUGUCAAACUCAGAGACCCAUUUCAGCAGAUCCAAGAAUCCCUCAUCCACAAAUGAAAAUGCUUCACUUUCUGGUCAAAAAAUGAAUGAAUCUGCUGUUUUAAAGACCUCAGAGACUCAUUCAGCUGAACCUACUUCCAAGGUAGCAUGUAAUGAAGAUUUCAGUGUUUCUUUGGACAUUGCAUCCACUGAAUUAGACCAAAAUAGAAGACCUAAAUGCAAUGAAAAUACAGCUGCUUUAGAUUCAGAAGAGCAUAACAUUGUUCAGUCUUCUGGCAGCCAAACUUCAGCAAACGUUAUUGAUAAAGGAAGUCUGGCUGAACAAGAGCCAAGAGAAAAUCCUUGGAAAUUGAAAAUGCUAAUAACUCAAGAAUCAAAGGAAAGGAGCAGCCACCACCAAUUUAUUCUGUCAAAGGUUAAUUCUACAGUGACUACAAAAAUAAGAGUUCCAGUAGCUGAAACAGAAGAUAAAUCUGAUGCCUCGAUCAAUACAUUUGACAAAGAAAGAGCUCCUCUGAAUGUUAGAACUGAAGAGGAAGAGACCAUCAGAAUUACUCUGCCACGUAAAAAGCAGAAAACCACAAGUUAUCGUCAGGUUGACUUCUUUACCACCAAAGACCUGCCUUUGUCUCCUAAAUCCACAAAAAAAUAUGUGGGUAGUUUAAAGAUUCAGCUGAACAGCAAAGUGGCCAAAGAAGCAGAUUGCACCGUGACCCAGGUCAAUAGUAAGCAGACACACUCCUUCAAAAGCCUUGAAACAUCUAACAAAGUAAAGGUACAAGCUGAGCAUGAGAAAGGCACGUUAUCUAGGAUGGAGGUGCAAGCAUCUGAAGUGGACUUAUCUAAAAUUAAGAAAAAUGCCCCCACUGAGAACGAUAUUAAGCAAAAAACUGACAUAAAUCAAGGAACAAGCGAUCUUGCCCUGCCAUUACCAAAUAUUUCUACAGAAUUGCAACAGAAAGAAAUGGAAGUGAAGGAAAUAUCUCUUGUAAGUGUGCAACAAUUUGAAACCACCAGGUCUGAAGUUAAGAAAGAUAUACCAGCAAAGAGUACAAAAGAGCAAGAGCCUAGCUUAAAUGCAGCGGUAAGCGAGCCUGUUCAACAGAAUACACCUAAGAUGCAAAGUCAAGAUACUGAAGUUAAGGAAACAGUUUUGCCUCAGAAAGUGAAGACAUCACAAGUCACUGUGUCUAAUAUUGAGAACAUACCUGUAGAGAUUGUCAGUGAGAAAAAAUUGACCCCAGUUCCAGAAACUGGUGGGUUUUCUCAGCCUGUGCAAAAAAUCCAUUGGCUUUGCAAGAUAGAGACUCUGAAAUAAAGGAUUUAACAUUGCUUCAGACUGUAGAACUCUCUAACUCUACAGUAUAUAAAACGAAGGAAGACAGCCAUGGGAGUGAUGCUAAUGAGACAAAGAAGUGCUCCAGUGCAGCAGCAGAGCGGUUUUCCCAGCCUGAAGAGCAAAGAAUGCUUACAGUACAAACUGUAGACCAUGAAGUAAAAGAGACAAUAUCGCCUCACUGUGUAGAACUAUCGAAAUCUUUGGUUGCUGAAGUUAAAUCAGAAGCCCCUACAAUUGAUGCUUCUGAGCAAAAGCCCAGUCUAGAUGUUACAGCAAAUGAGCUUAUUCCACCUCUGCUGUCAAGCACUCCUAAAUUGCAGCAUAAAGAGAUGGAAGUGAGGAACGCAAUGAAAGAGAAAUUUUCCAGCACUCACUUCGCACCUGGGGCAAGUAGUUCUAAGGAGCAAAGGAUCCAUUUACGUGAGAAGAGUAGUUUUGCCUGGCCUGAGCAGAGUGAAAUUGAAUCACAGCUUUGGAAAGCUGAAGUAAAGGAAGCAAUUGUGUUUCAGAAUCCACAGACCUCUGAAGCCACUGGGUUUGAAAUUAAAGAUGUGUUCACAAAGGAGUGUGUUGGCCAAAGUAUCAUCUUAGGUUCACCAGAAGCUGAUUUUCCAUCCUCUGAAGAACAAAUUCAGCUGAAGUCUCAAGGGGAAGAGAACGUGAAUGUUUCUUCCAAUGAAACAAGUAACUUGGACAGCUCUUCUGACAUGGAAAGCUUUACCGAAUCAAUUCGCAAAUAUGGCAGUCCCAUUAGUCUGCCACAGAAGAAGCAGCGAAUUCCCAAAUUAUCUUUGAUGCCGCCUUUUGCAAUGCCACCCAUUCAGGAAGAUUUUAUUCCACCAAAGGAGAAAAAAAUAUUUGAUCCAACUUCCUUCAAAUUCGGUCUAGGGAAAACAGGUAGCCAGAAAGGUAAAGGACCUUCCUCUGUUCUUAAAAAGCAACAAGGUGAAGCAAAAGCUAAAUUAAAGAAGCGUGCUUCUGCAGAACAAAGCGUGGUUUACAAAUCCCUAACAAUUAACAAAAGCCCAAAUCUACGUUUACAUCGACCAAAAGAUGUGGAGCAUAAUCUUUGUGGUGAUUUGCACAGUAAAAAGUUUCCUUUGGAAAUUGAUCAGACUGUGGCAGAUGCAUCUAAAUCAUCAACUGGAGCUCAGAUUAAGGACAUUAAAUUUACACCAUCAUUGGUGGAAGACAACUCGGUUAAUGGGUUUGAAUCCGAUUUUCCAAAUGCAACCAGCUCAGGAAUGUUGCCAAGUAACAUGGAAAAAUACUUGAAAACUUUUGAAUCAGAGGUGCAAAAGAAUUCAGAAAAUGGAUUUUCCAUCCCUAACUUCCCCAAACCGGAUAAUUUAGAAAUUAAUACAAAUCUCAGUGACAACAUAGAGGACAAUGCUUUUGACAGUCUAUCAAUAUUCCAGGGAUCAAGCGAUUUGAGCGCUAAUCAAGAUAUCCCAAACUUUUUUCAGAAUGACCUUUUCAAACCCAUAUCUAUAUUGCCUCAAGUGCCAGUAAUAACGCCUGGGAUGAACAACAUAAAAUUAAACCCUAGGCCAGGGAAGUUGAUCAUUUACAAUCAGCCUAACUUUCGUGGCGAAACAAUUGAAAUCUUCAAUGAUGUUAAGGAUGCUACAUCAUGGAAUUUGCCCUCUGCCUUCUCCAUUAGGACAGUACGAGGCUGUUGGUUCCUUUAUCAGAAGCCAGAUUUUGAAGGGGCUAAGAUCUUACUGGAAGAAGGCGCGGUGGAGUUGGCAAAUAUUUGGGGAGAAGAAAUUGCUGAGGAUAAUAAUGAGGAAGGGCCCACAGUUAUCCCCACUGUUAUUGGGUCUAUUAGAAGAGCAGUCAAGGAUUGGAGCCUAACAGAACUAGAUUUGUUUACAGAAUUCAAUGGAAUGGGAGAUAGAACAACAUUUUAUGACGAGAUCGAAAAAAUUUCAACAUUUGGGAUUCCACUAUCCACGUUGUCCAUGCAAGUACAUUCUGGAAUAUGGCUUGUGUUUGAAGAGCCCUUGUAUCAUGGAAAUUCUUACAUGGUGGAACCUGGGCAGUAUGCUUGUCCAGAGGCAUGGGGUGGUGUAGAACCCUUCAUCGCGUCACUCAAACCGGUCAAAAUGGGUGGAUUGAAAGUUGAAAACCCUAAUGCUGGGAAGAUUAUCGUGUAUGAAAAGCCUUUCUUUGAAGGCAAACAAAUGGAACUGGAAACAGAUGUUUUCUGUUUCAUUGGAGAGGCCGAAAGAGACAAAGAAUCAACUUUGUGUCAGACUUACCAUUUUGAGACUGUCGGCUCCAUUAAAGUUUUAGGAGGACUUUGGGUUGGUUAUGAGAAGUCAGGAUUUGAAGGGCAUCAGUACUUGUUGGAAGAAGGAGAAUACCGAGAAUGGAAUGAGUGGGGAGGCUAUGAUGAACAACUUCGUUCUUUGCAAUUUAUUGAAGUUGAAGCUUCGAGUCCAGUUAUGAUCUUGUUCACUGAAACAAACUUUGGUGAGAAAGGUGCAAACAUUGAAGUAUUAGGUCCUAUCCUGAACCUGAGAGACACUGAAUAUGGCUUGAAGACCCAGUCUAUAAAUGUACUCAGUGGAGUAUGGGUUGCCUACGAGGAAGCAGAUUUCACAGGAGCACAAUACAUUCUGGGUAAGGGUCUGUAUAGCAGCUACCAGGAUUGGGGAGCAAAAGAUUUUAGGAUCUCCUCUCUUCAGCCUGUUCUGGUGGAUACCAACCAAAAGCCCAAGUUUAAGGUCAAGUUUUUUUCGGAAACUGAAUUCCAAGGGACUACACACGUCUUUGAAAAGGACACGGUCCAGUUUAUGGAUGAAUUUUCACCCAAAUCCUGCAAGGUUCUGUCUGGCAACUGGGUGGUAUACGAUGGGGAGGACUUCACUGGUAAGCAGUAUGUACUUGAAGAAGGAAUGUAUCCUAAUUUGAUCACAAUGGGAUGUGCAACAGAUACACACAUCAAAUCUUCAAAGACAGUGGGAUUUAACUUUACCCAGUCAAAUAUUGAACUGUUUGAGAGAACAGAUUUCAAAGGAAAGAAAAUUGAACUGCAUUCGGAAGCAUUGAAUCUGGCCUUGUUUGGAUACAACACUCACAUCUUCUCUGUGCAAGUAAAUGGCGGCACUUGGAUUGCUUACGAAUUCAGUAACUAUAGAGGAUGUCAGAUUUUGCUACAACCCGGUGAUAUACCCAACUGGCAUGAAUUCACAGGAUGGCACAGAAUUGGUUCUGUGCGCCCCCUGAUUCAGAAAUUAGUGUACUUUAGGAUACGGAAUCGAAGUACGGGAGCAUUAAUGACAUUCACUGGAGAACUGAAUGAUCUGAAGCUGGUGCGAGUGCAGGCUUUGGAACCCACGGGGUUGGAUGAUCAGAUUUGGUCUUACCAGGAUGGAGUCAUCAAAAACAAGUUAGCUGAAGACUGCUGCUUGGAUGUAGUAGGAAGUCUGAUCACUACAGGUUCAAGACUGGGAGUUUCAGUGCUGCAGAAUAAAGAUGUUCAUUUAUGGCGUUUCCUUCCCAAUGGAACCAUAUUCAGUGAGCUAAGGUCUCACCUAGCAAUUGACAUAAAAGGUGGUCAGCAUUAUGAUCAAAAUCAAACCAUUCUUAACAACUUUGAUGAACUCCGGCCAACGCAGAGAUGGGACCUGGAAGUCGUGUGAUUCUUCUCAUACAGAUUUGGAAAGACUUGUGGCACUUUCUCAACUUCAUGAGAAAUCGGUCUACCUUCACUGUCAGGGUUGUACUUCAUGAAGCAAACUUUGUGACCCAUUUUCAGGACUCAUGGUGACUGGAAUUCAUAGUGAAAGGGUAAAUUAAAUUGCCUCCUUUAUUAUGUGCCUGGGCUCUAAUUAGCUGCUCUUUUGUGUCUAAUUCUGAUUUAGUAUCAACCUUUUAAGUUAACUUCAUGUGUUGGUCUUGGGUUUACCUGCUGUAACUUCAGCUACCAAAUGUUAAACUUUGUCUGUUACCACAGGAUUUAUUUUAAAGUUUUAGAACUGAUUAUAAAACUCUAAUAAUAGAUUACAGUGACUUUGACAUCUUCUGUGAACAAUAUAGUGUUCUCCAUUACCCAGUCAGCCUUACUUACCCCAGUGCCAUCAGUGUACACUUUGGAUUACUGGAGAUAGAAUCAUGGAACCAUCACAGCUGUGCUACUCUGAGAGAGCAUUCAGUCCCAUUUACCUGUUUUUCCCUAUUACUCAUUUCCCACAUUUACUGUCUUAGUCAUCUAUUUAGCUCUCUCUUGAAAGGUAAUUAUGGAUCCUACCUUAACCAUCCUCUGUGUAAAACAAAAAUCCUCUCUGUUUGUAAUUAUCAGGCCUUCCUGACUCGCAUUCCAAUGGAAAACAGUCUUAUCAAAAAUCCUUCAUAAUUUUAAAGACUUUGUUCCAUCUUGUCCCUCCAUUUGCUGCUCAGGUGUGCCUCUUACAAAUUAAUUUCAAUGGGGGUUGAAAUAACAGCUGUUUUAUAAAACUGUCGAUAGGACACUAAUAUUCAGAACUAUGAAUAAUUUUGGAAUUCAAAGCUUGUUACAAUUUUUGAUAAUUUAUCUGUUCCAACAGUACCCUGUUAUAGAAUCUAGUUUUGGGAGACGGGAGAUAUAUUAAUGAUUUUAAAUAGCUCAAGUUGUGACAUGUACUAUCCUAACAUAGUAUCCAGUCGUGCUAAAGUUAGAUGCUUAGGAAUCGCAAAGCAAAUCCACUAGUUUUACAAAAAAUAUUUCCCUAUUCAAAACGGAUAAAGAGCAUGGCAGUAGUCUGUCAGGGGAAACAAUCUAAGACCUUCAAUAUGUAAAUUUGGAGCAAAUAGCUGUGUGCAUUUUAAGAAAAUAAAAUAUCUUUUAUUAAAAUGGAGAAAUUGAUAUGUAUCCUUGGUUUAGACUUUUCAAGACCUUCAUGUAUUUCAGCGUUUCAAAUUCUCACAGGAUUUACUUACUGUUUGUUUUGUUAGCCUGUUUCAGACCUGUGCACAGUAAUGGCAGUCUUUGCUUGUACAGUAUGUUGCAUAUGUCACUCAAUCCUAACACAUUUUCAAACCUUUAUAAAUAUUGACAAACAUUGUGUGAACUGCCUGGCCUGCUGCUCAACUAACUGAUGACUAAGAGCAUUCUGUGUCUUGGUAUGCUGUAUUGCAAAAAUCCGUGUAGCAGGGUCCGAGACACAUUACUGGCAGGCCCAGGAAGGUGUUUGUGGUGGGGGGGAAGAAAGAAGGAAAAGA